AUGGAGCCACGGAUAGUACUUAUUACAGGAUGCUCUUCAGGGAUUGGCUUAGCACUGGCUGUGAAACUCGCUAAUGAUGAGCAGCAGCGGUUUAAGGUCAUUGCUACCAUGCGAAACCUGGCAAAAAGAGGAGCCCUUGAAGUUGCAGCAGGAAAAGCUCUAAAUCGAAGCCUAGAGAUUAAGCAGCUGGAUGUCCGAUGUGAACAGUCUAUCCGAGAAUGCGUGGACAGCAUACCUCAGAGGCGCGUUGACAUUCUAAUUAAUAAUGCAGGUGUUGGGCUGAUUGGACCAAUUGAGAGCCAGUCCAUCGAGGAUAUGCAAGGGGUCUUUGACACCAACUUCUUUGGCGUGGUGAGGAUGAUCAAAGAGAUUCUGCCUGAUAUGAAAAAGAGAAAAUCUGGCCAUAUUGUUGUUAUCAGCAGUGUGAUGGGACUUCAAGGAAUCAUGUUUAAUGAUUUAUACGCUGCCUCCAAGUUUGCUGUUGAAGGAUUCUGUGAGAGUUUGGUUUUCCAGACCCUCAAAUUCAACAUUUUCUUAACACUGAUUGAGCCUGGUCCUGUGGUGACAGAGUUUGAGCUGAAAGUUUAUGAGGAUGCGCUCAAUGGAAAUUACUCUUCAAUAGAUCGUGAAACAGCAGAUAUCUUCACUAACUACUAUUUGAAGAACUAUAAAGCUGUAUUUUCCAGUCUGGGACAGACACCUGAAGAUAUUGCAGAGCACAUACAAAAUGUAAUCAGCAUGGAGAUACCUCCAUUCCGUCACCAGACGAACCAAGUCUACACCCCUCUAACUGCACUUAAAUAUGCAGAUCCUACUGGAGAGUUGACUACUGGUGUAUUCUACAAGCUGGUCUUCCAACAUGACACACUCAUGCACGCUUGCUUAAGGGCCAUCAAACUUCUACGUUGGAAGGCACAUAAAGUGCAGCAGGGAGCCAGGAUUUUGGGUUUCAUAUAG